AUGCAGUUUAUAACUAUUUGGUUCACCCUCACCCUCUUCGUCGCCUCUUUGACGUCUGCGGUGGCCGAGGUCCGUCAAGGCUACGCCGCCCCUGGCGAAACUCUGGUUAAGACCUCGAGCGAGUCCUUCAACCCCUACCCGAAUACGACUCAAACCGGUUUACCGACCGAGUCUUUCUCUCAUUUCCCGACCGAGUCUUUUGCUCCUUACCCCAGCGGAUCCGCAACCUCCUCUAUCUCUUCUGCCAACUCCGUUCCCGGCAUCGGCAAUGGCACCCCCGUCAAAGCUUUUCGCCUCCAGUGCGAUAGCGACAGUUUAGAACUAGUUCAGUCCCAAACUAGACCCGGCGUCUAUUAUCUUCGAGGCACCUGCGGCGGCUUGUACAACGAUGUUCAUGCGUCACGCUGCUCAUUCCUAGACCUCAGCAUGUGUUACACUAAUGACGGGGGAAACAUACGCCCUCAGAGGAUGGGCCACUUCCUAGACUCAUGCGAUAGAUGUGUCCUAUAUACGUCUCAAGGCACGAGUAUGCUGGCCUGUACCUGUGCAAAAGGCGACCACAACGGCGGCGGAACACAAGAGACGGCAGUUCAGCUGGACAACCUCCUAUACGUGAAAAACGGCUUUCUAAGCUGCCACGGCUACACCGACUUUGAGUGCCCGGAGGCCAACGUGCCUUUUUAA